CCCCUUCAGUUCACGUGGGCCAGGCAAAUCACUUUCCCAGUCAAUGUGAAACAAAAGGCCUUUCUCUCCCUCCUCCUCCUCCUCCUCCUUUCCACUUGUGGGCAAGCCCGAGCCGAAGCCGAGGCAGCAGCCGGGGACGCCAGGAGAGACGAGGCAAGCCAAAGUGCAGCUGACUCUGGCUGUGGGGGGUGGGGGGGCUGGCCGCUCACUCGCAACUGGCAGCGAGAGGCAGCGGUAGCAGCAGCAGCUAGAGGCAGCGGUAGCAGCAGCAGCUAGAGGCAGCGGUAGCUGGGAAUCGAGCCGCGCCAAGGAAAGGUACAGGCACAGGCACCGGCACCGGCACCAACCUGCACUGUGCAGGGAAACCCCCUUUCCUCCACCCCCAACCCGCCCUGCCCUAACUCUGAGGCAGAGGGAUGGGCUGACUUAUCCCCAGGCAGCUGGAGAGAGAAAAAGAGAGUUUUAUUGCUGUUGUUGUACAGUGGUUGUAGGGAGGGCCACCCUUUGAGUGCCUCUGCCGCCCGGUCGUUUUGUAAAAAUCGUCAUUAUUUGUCCUUUUUGUUUUGUUUCUCAAACACAGUGGGGGUGGGGGGGGGGAAAGAGGAAAAAAAAAAGGAUCGCAAGCACCAUCAAUGUUCAGUGAACGUGCUGUGUGAGCAGGACUCCCUCGCUCUGUCCCCAGCCUCUGCUUUCAUUAUCACCGUAAUUUCAGCCCUUGGAGGACGCAGGAGAGAUCCUUGGCUGGGAUUUUAUUUCGUGCGGAGGUCAAAUCAUUUAAUUGGGUCAAAAAUCGGGAGGCUGUUGACGUUCGUGGAUCGUUAUGUAAUCGGAAACAAUAAUGCACGAAGUGCUUGGCUAAAAAGAUAGCAAGUAUUGAUAAUAAAGCGCCUGGCGCUCACAUAGCACCGCGGAGUCUUGGCCAGUGAAGCUACACCACCUUAAAGUUGGCUUGUCUGCUCUGACAGUCAUCAAACUUGCCAGCAUUUCAAAUAAACAAAUGGCUCAGGGAGCUGGGAGGCUAUUAGUGACGAGAUCCUCCCACGUGUCAUUCUUGAGCAGCUGAAGCACCAACUGAACCCAGGAUAAGGAAGAAAUAAGCUGCAUCUUAGCAACCCCUGAGCCCGCCAGUCAGUAAGAAUGGAGGAGGACAGCGGCAACAGCAACCCGGCCCAGCAGGAGGAAAAGAGCAAACCCGAGAAGAGGUUCACCUUGUGGUACAUGGGCUGCUCCACCCUGGACCACAGGACCACCCUGCCCAUGUUACCCUGGCUGACGGCUGAGAUCCGCAGGCGCUGCGAGAAGCAAGAGGCAGGGUCGUCCCUGGCGGCGCGGGAAGUCCAGCUCACCCUGGCCCCCCCUCUCAUCAGGUGCGUUCCCCAGGCCACCAGCAGUAACGCCUCGGUCUUCAUCUUCGAGCACAAGGCGCAGCACGUCACCAGGUUCAUCCACAACAGCCAUGACCUCACCUACUUCGCCUACCUCAUCAGGACCCAGCCUGACAACCCCGAGUCGGAGAUGGCCUGCCACGUUUUCAGAGCCACUGACCCGAACCAGGUUCCUGAUGUUAUCAGUAGCAUUCGGCAAGUAUCCAAGGCCACCUUAAAGGGGGACACAAAAUCCUGGCAAAUCAGUGAGGAUGCCUUUUACAACUCUCAGAAGUACGAGGUGCUGUACUGCGGUAAGGUGGUGGUGACACACAAGAAGGCUCCGUCCACCCUUAUCGACGACUGCAUCGAGAAGUUUGCCCAGCAUCAGCUGGAAAAGGAGAGGCUGCGGCUGCUGAAUGAGAAGCCCCUGGCCGACGUCAUUGCUGGCCAGGAAGAGGAAGAUGCCGGGGGGGAUUCAGCACUGCCCCAUGAGGUGGCCGAUGAGGCAACAGUCAGCACCAACAUGCCGUUGGCCAGCGGCAGUCAGAGCGACCUGCCAGGCUUGGGCUUGCGUUCCCCUCUGACUGAGGCCAGUCUAGAGGACAUGCCGCUCGCAGAAGAGCAAGCCGAGUUCCGCUCUCGGUGUAACAGCGUUGCCAGCAUCCGGCUCAAGAGGGUUCCCGACCUGGGCACCAAAUUGCCAGCCCGAAGGCGUCAUGCCAGUGCUCCAAGUCACGUCCAGCCCUCUGACACAGAGAAAAAUAGGACAAUGUUGUUCCAGGUUGGUCGGUUUGAAGUUAACCUCAUCAGCCCCGAUACCAAAACAGUUGUACUUGAAAAGAAUUUCAAAAAUAUUUCCUCAUGUUCUCAGGGUAUUAAACACGUGGACCAUUUUGGGUUCAUUUGUCGAGAAAGUGUUGAACAAGGUCUGAAUCAUUAUGUGUGCUAUGUGUUUCAGUGUGCCAAUGAAUCACUGGUGGAUGAAGUCAUGCUGACCUUGAAGCAGGCCUUUAGCACUGCUGCUGCCCUACAGAACGCUAAGACUCAGAUCAAACUGUGCGAGGCGUGUCCCAUGCAUUACUUGCAUAAACUCUGUGAACGGAUUGAAGGUCUCUACCCACCAAGAGCCAAGCUUGUCAUACAGAGGCAUGUUUCUCUUUUGAGUGACAAUGAGCAAGCUGAUAUUUUUGAACGUGUUCAGAAAAUGAAGCCGUCUGAUGACCAAGACGAGAAUGAGCUAGUGAUCCUCAUUCUGCGGCAGAUAUGUGAGACCAAACAGAAGACCCAUGCUCAUAUUGGCGAGACCCCAAUGCCUGUGCCAAACAACAUGAUUCCAGAGCACUCCGCAAGCACAGGGAGGUUUAAACUCGACGUACUGAAAAACAAGGCCAAGAAGUCUUUAACCAGCUCUCUGGAAAAUAUCUUCUCCCGGGGUGCCAAAAUGCGGGGUCGGUUGGGAAGUAUGGACAGCUUUGAACGUUGCAACAGCCUGGCGUCGGAUGCAUCCAGGGACGGUUCUCCAGGGGAGUCCCCUCCCAAUUCUCCACCCGUCAGCCCCCGGGCCUCCCCCAUCUUCUCGCUGGGCCAGCUCUAUGCAGAGGAAGACCCCGACUCGCCACAGUUCCGGAGACGGGCUCACACUUUCAGCCACCCACCGUCCAGCAGCAAGCGGAGGAUCAGUUUUCCCAAUGAGAAGCUGCACCACGGCAAGUCUCCCAUCUUUCGCCAGCAGUCGGAGAUUCUUCGGAGCAGCCCCAUCAAUAUCGUGAGAUGCAAUCGCAGUAGCUCAGAGAACGAACCUACUUACAGCAGCCUCCCCUCAUCCCUGUCCGUCCCGACUUUCCUGAAGCCCUUUUACACCAAUACAAGCAGGCUGCUACAGCAGUCGGAGAGUGGAACCUCCAAGAGUGAUGGUGAAAGCAGGAGGAGGGCCUUCUCUGGCUGCAGCACGGAGUCAGUGAGCGGGGGAGGAGUUGUCCCCACUCCUCGUCGGAUCUCGUGGCGUCAGCGGAUCUUCCUACGCGUCGCCUCGCCCAUGAACAAGUCCUCUGCAGCCAUGCAGCAGAAAGGAGCGUUGGAAGAUCACCUUGACAGCAUUGAGCUGCCACCUCUUUCUCCGCUCACCCCAGCUGUGGAGGAGGACCCCUUGGCCUCUCUGUUGAUGGCAGAUGACACCCCAGCUGAAGAAAAGAAGAAACACUCUUCGGAGGAGCUGCGGAUCAUGUGGAGAAAAGCCAUCUGUCAGCAGGUCCUUUUGCUUCGGAUGGAGAAGGAAAAUCAAAGACUGGAAGCAAGCAGGGACGAGCUUCAGACCAGAAAAGUGAAACUGGACUAUGAAGAAUUUGUGCUUUGCCAAAAGGAAGUUUCGGCAGUUUGGGAUAAGAUGCUGACCACUCCAGGACGAGCAAAGGUGAAAGUUGACAUGGAGAAGGUUCACACUGCUCUCAGUCAAGGUGUACCAAAGGCUCGGAGAGGAGAGAUCUGGCAAUUCCUAGCCGAGCAGUACCGCUUGAGACACCGGUUACCGGAGAAACAGCAACCGGCCGACAUUUCAUACAAAGAACUAUUGAAACAGCUAACCACUCAGCAACACGCUAUCCUGGUGGAUCUUGGAAGAACAUUUCCCACCCAUGCAUAUUUCUCGGCACAGUUGGGAGCUGGCCAACUCUCACUGUUUAAUCUCCUUAAAGCCUACUCAUUGCUGGACAAGGAAGUGGGCUACUGCCAGGGCAUUAGCUUUGUUGCCGGGGUCCUCCUUUUGCACACGAGUGAGGAGCAGGCCUUCGAAAUGCUGAAGUUCCUGAUGUACGACCUAGGCUUCCGGAAGCAGUACAGGCCCGACAUGAUGUCAUUGCAGAUUCAGAUGUACCAGCUGUCAAGACUUCUGCAUGACUAUCACCGGGAUUUGUACAACCACCUGGAAGACAAUGAGGUCAGCCCCAGCCUAUAUGCAGCCCCAUGGUUUCUCACCUUUUUCGCCUCCCAAUUCCCCUUGGGAUUUGUAGCCAGGGUCUUUGAUAUAAUGUUUCUCCAAGGGACUGAUGUGGUAUUCAAAGUGGCCCUCAGCCUGCUGAGCAGUCAUGAGGCAUUAAUUCUGCAGUGUGACAGCUUUGAGACCAUUGUAGAUUUCAUCAAAUCCACCAUUCCGAAUCUGAGUCACACGCAAAUGGAAAAAACUAUUGUUCAGGUAUUUGAGAUGGACAUUUCCAAACAGCUCCAUGCCUAUGAGGUAGAAUACCAUGUCUUACAAGAUGAGAUGGUGGAGGGUUCAUCGCCCUGUGAUGAUGUGGACCGUCUGGAGAAACUGGAGAGAGCAAAUUGUCAGCUCAAGAGACAGAACAUGGAGCUACUGGAGAAACUUCAGGCCACUCGCUUCAAGAUACAGAACCUGGAAGCCAGCAUUGAAAGCAUCUUGAGCCGAGAAAAUAAAAUGAAGCUCCUGAUCCGUACAAUGGAGCAGGAGAAGCAGACACACUUAAAGACUAUAGAACACAUGCGCAAAUAUUUGCCCCCGGAUGCCCUUUCUGACGGGGAGCUUCUGCCAAGGAAGAACUCGGGGCUUUUCUCCUCAAGAAAGCCCGAAGUGAUGGAUGAGGAACUGGACAGUAGCAAAGUGAAGAUAGGAAAUAAUAAGCCAUGAGGAGGUCAAGAACAAUAUCAAGGGGAGCGCAGCUAUAGGAGCUCAAUAGCCAUUCUGAUGAGAGAAAGUGCAUGCUUUACUAGGCUUCUCAGUCACCACGUUACACAUGUGGCUCAGAGGCCUCUGUAAUGUAAGAAUGGCGAAUUUAGAAAGUGUUGUUCCCAAAAUGCCCUUUACCUAAAAAAAAACUCAACUUUAACACUCCUUCAGCUGAGUUAUUCGGUGUUUAGUACGUUUAGCAUCACAGUUGGAAACUGCACAACAGCUACAGCUUAUGUUGUGGAAUACUUUUUGUUGUACUUCAGCAAGAGGAGCUACUUGAUCAUUAAGACGAAAGAACAAGGUGACGGUUCUAUGACAAUUGUUCUUUUCCUGCCAUAUUUAGUUGCUGGGGUGAGGAUGGUAAUCAACUUGUCGAAAAAUCAUGUGGUAAAUGUAAAAAUAAUAAAAAAGAAUGUAUUUUCUCUUCAAGGAACGGUGUGUUUCUAAUAUGAAACCUGUUUUAACUCUGCUGAAUUAAAAAUAAUCAAAGCAGUUCAUUUCUUCAAGUCUACAAAUGGUGGCCUGCUGUUGAAUAAUGGGACGGUGUGGCAUUUAACCAGCUCCUCUUUAAACACCAGUACUUGCAAAGUGCCAAAUCCCACCGCUUUCACGUCAGCUGAUGCUGCCGUGCGCCGGUGAAUCGGAACCUCUUCCUUAUGGAACGCAACUGGCUAAAGUCCAAAGAACGAGAAUGUUCAGAGAGGAAAUCAAAAAAAUCGGAACUGCCAUUUCUUCAAUUGGAAUUGCUGUUUCUUCAUUGAGUUCCACAGUGGUUAAUUCUGCACGGUGUCUGUGUGUUUGUUAUACAUAUUACCAAAUCAUAUAAAAUUAUGCCUGUAUACGAUGUAGGUUCUAUAAAACAAAAAAAGCCUAUUUUCUCCUUUGUGGCUUCUGAUGUUGGUUUUGAAACGUCUUCCAACAGGCUAACUCAAACAAGUUCAAAUAAAAUGAAAGGAACUUCA